AUUUCUGACCCCCUCGCAACUGGGACCCUAGUCAACUCGAGUCGAAGGAUCCUCGUCAUCCUUCCAUCUUCGCCCAUCAGAGCGACAGCAUGGCCACAGCAUCAUGUUUCAGUGCUCGCAGUGCAACAAGUCCUAUCAGCGAAAGAGUCAUUUACUCCGACAUGAGGUGACACAUACCGGUGCCUCCUAUUCAAGCUGCCCCUUUUGCAACAAAACCUUCUUGAAAAAAGAGGUUGCACGAAGACAUAGUAAAACAUGUGCCAGAAAGCACAAUCAGCCUCCUCCAGCAGCAGCUAAACCUGGGCGGAAAAAGCAGUCCUGUGAUGAAUGCUUCUCUGCAAAAGCCGCCUGUGACAGAGUCUCCCCAUGCUCUCGUUGCCAGUCUCUCGGGAAGCAGUGUUCCUUUGGGGAUCGAUCGACCCCUUCCACAGAGACCUGCUCACCGGGCUCACCCUCUACGUCUCUGUCACAGACGCAAAGGGCAGAAGAGCCGUUCUCCUUCCUUGCACACUUCUCCGAUCCUUCAGUCAAACAAGACAAGCUCGCAAUUGCAGAGACAGCAAAACGUUCUACGAGGAGAAGUCUUGACCCGCUAUACUUCCAAGACGAGCCACUCCUGCCUAUCGACUCCAACUAUAUGCCAGGCUUUUCAGUCGCUGACCUGUUCCUCCAGUCUCUUCCCAUACCGAGUGGACCUCUGUCUAUGGAGUUUCUACCUGAAAGUGCAUUCUCCUCUAGAAUCUCCGAUAAACUCAGCCACAUCAUGAUCAAUUUGGUCGAAACGUCAAACUCCAUGGAUCUAGCUAACGCGAGCCAGCAGACGCUGGAUGUGGCGGGCCUGGCCUCGCUAUUCACAACUUCCAACCUUUCCGUCUUCAUCUCAGCAUUUUUCCAGUCCCUCCAUUGGCAUCUUCCGAUUGUACACUUUCCGACAUUCGAUCCCGGAAAAGUUUCGAAUCCACUUCUUCUAGCAAUAUUUUUGUCCGGAGCAACGUACGCUACGUCGCACGACGGCCCAAUCCUUGCCAGCGGGAUACUUGACGUAGCUGAAGAGUACAUCUUUCGUCAGCUAGCCAAUUUAUCGACAACACCCUAUCCCAAUGGUCCUCCAAAUUUGGUACCCUCGUUGGAAAUAAUCCAAGGAGCUCUGAUAAUCGAGAUGCUUCAGUUUGGACAAGGUGAAACGGGCACUAGGCGACGCAUUCGUAUAAUUAGACACCCUUGUGUCAUCUCUACAAUACGGUCCUUGGGGAUCUUUCAAUCUAAGAGGAUCGUGAAUCCCGACAUAUGUGACGACGAAACCUGGAAAGCAGCAAUAGCAGAGGAAGUUCGUAUCAGAAUCGCCUGUUGGGCUUUCCUCGCGGACGGAUUCCUCACAGUUUGUUUCAAUAACCACCCUAUACUGUCAAUUUUCGAGAUGGACUGCGAUUUUCCCUUGGGGUCCGCACAUUUCGAAGCCGAGAAUGCUUCCACUUUCAAUGAGAUCGCCUCUUCGACGGAGCGUUCGCUUCCUUCUUUGAGGGAAUUCGUCACGCGCUUGCUCAAUGAGAACGCCUCUGAAGACUUGAUUCAAUGGAGUCGCUCACUAGUAGGCGAGCAUCUGUUGAUUCUGAUGUACGGUAUGUGUAGCCUUUCAACUUCGUCAAUGAUUAUCGAGCUAAGCAUAAUAGCAAUGCACUCUCUUGCUUUUCAAGCACGGACGGGCUUGUUUGGAUGGGUAUCCACGAACCCGAUCAAACGUGCCACCGAGAAUUGGCGAAGCAUCUGGGAUUCCAUCUCCAGUGUUGUGGAGAAGGAGAGAGUACAGCACUUGGGGUAUCCCAAACAUGCCGAAGAACUCUGGUGGCUCCUGACUGCUACGCUUGACCGCGCCAGUGGGCGCGGUUUGAACUUUCGGUAUCUGGAGAACGCUGCAACUGAUGAUCUGGAGAACUUGAACGACUUCAUCCGGAAUAUUGACGCCCCUGGGAGGCUAUAAUUAGAUAUGUCAUGUCUAAUGAUAUGUACAGUUAUGGGAUAAAAUUCCUCAUGAUAUCUUACAAUUGGCCUCGAAAGCCGUCCUACUGGUUCUUGACCAUUUUGAGCU